AUGCUUCCCAACUCCAAACCGAGGUUCCAACACGCUUUGAAAUGCAUCUUCUAUCGUCCUUCGCUAAAUCACAGCAGCAGAUUAUUCCGCCCCAGUCAGCUUUGGGUAUAUCAAAACCCGGUAAGAUGGCUCCGAAGCAAAUUAUGGACGGACGUGUCUGAAAUGUCAUCGUGUUGCCGACUAUUCCUCACACGACACACUCAUUCAGAUAGCUCCGGACCAGAAAAUGGAUUAAUUCGGUGUGUUCCCAACAUUCCUAAAAAUAUCCAACUUCAUGACAUCGAUCGGUGGCGGAUUGAAAAGAACAAACAUUUGGAUGAACUCACUGACAACAAUAGCGCAAAGUUGUUAAUGGCAGUGAACAGAGAACCUUAUCCAGGUCAUUCGAAAUGUUGGACCGAAGUUCCUUACAAACGUGAUCCGUUUUGCCUUGACAUCCACCACCAGAAGAACAAGAACUGUGUCACCGGACUGAUGAGACUACAAAGGAAACCAGUGAAGAAGUCGUACCGUCGCAAAAUAGCACACAUUUGUUAA